GUAUUUGAAAUGGUAGGGUUUGGGUAAGUUUUUUUUUUUUUUUUGUUUUUUAAAUUUUUGAGAUCAGUAAUUCAGUACACAAUUGUUUUAUGUCUUGAAAGAAGCAACCCUUUUCCCGUUGUUAGAUCUGCGAAAUGAAGAAAUAUAAGCGGCCAAAACCAAACAGCAAAAGCACAGCAGUCCUCUACUCCUCUCUCUCUCUCUCUCUCUCUCUCUCUCGCCCUUUCUCCAUCGCGGGCUCUGCUGCUCCUCCUCCUCCUUCAAGACACUCCCAAGCUUCCCGGUCGCCGACUCUUUUACCAUCCUUUCGCCUUCAGUGUUUCCUUGUCUUCCAUAUCAUGAGGAUUCGGAAGAACGCAAGCCAAAUGUCGGGACCAGCAGCAGCAGCAGCGAUGCCGCCUGAAACCACCGCCCACGUCAUCUGCCAGCUAAAUCAGUCGCCGUGGGAUCUGAUUCCCUCCUCCGCCGCCGCCGCUCCUCCCGACAGUUUCCCCUCUCCCUCCUACUUGCUGCUAAACCGCCAGUUCCAAGCUGGGGAAGGUAGCAACAUCACCGGCAAUGGUAGCUUAGACGGCUCCGUCGGCUGUGGCGAGAGCGUGGCGUCGAUGAUGGAGGACGACACGGACGGCGGAGACCAGAAGGCUGAGGAUGGGGAGGAAUCGACGGAAGCGGAUGUUUUCAACUAUCACGAUAAUGUUAAUGGCAAUAAUGGCGCCGCCAGUAGGUGGACGACGAGGAGAGGGGGGAGGGGAGUGAGUGCUAGCCACGGGAAGGCGGCUGCGAACAAUACGACGUCGUCGGGGCGCCGAGGAGGGAGGGCAAAAGCGGCAAAGAAAGGGGCGUCGAUGAGCUCCGACCCCAACGAAUUUUACUAUUAUUCUGGAUUCGGACCGCUGUGGGGAAAACGGAGAGGAGGCCACCGCGCUGGCGCUGGCGGCGGCGAUGAGGCUAACAAUAAUAAUAUUAGUUAUGCUAGCAGCGGGGGUACUGGUCCGGCUGCGGGCCCAAGUCGUGCGAAUUCGUCUUCGCCGCCGUUAGCUGCGUUCGAUUUUAUUGACGAGGACUACGACUUUGACGAGGAGGAGGAGGAGGAGGAGCUGGAUGAGGCAGCGGGCGGCGAUUUCAUCAGCAAGAAGCGGAUGCGGAAACCGGUGAAAGCCAGAUCCCUCAAGUCGCUGAUGUGAAUGUCCGGUGGCUGAAUCGGGGAGAUAGCUAGGGAAGCGCACUGCCGUUAGCUCGGCGGCGGCGGGUAAGGUGUUUCUUUCCUUCUCGUCUCCUUGGUUGAUAUUAUCGGUGGGGGUUUCUUUUUUCGUCUUUCUUUUUAUUUUAAUUUCGAUUAUUAUUAUUAUUAUUAUUAUCGUUUGAGCUUUAUUCUGUUUUUGAAUUUUUAGGGUUUAUUUAUGAGGGAGAGCAGUGUGUUGUCGUGUUGUUGAGAUGGGGCAAGUGGAGGGGUUGUAGGGUGCGAUCCUCGUUGGGAUACCGUAGACUUCCUUUCUGAGUGACAACUUAAAAUCUACCAUUUGGGGAAAAUCUCGCCUUAUCUAGCUAGUUUAGAGCUGAGAUUUUUUACCAGAUGGAUUGUUGUAAUAUAGAGAUUGGAGAUUAGGUGUUGUUUGUAUGUGUAAUUUUAACUGCAGGAAAGACUUUUUAAAUUAAAGCAAUGUGUCAAUGGAGGUCGGCACGGUUGUGGUUAACCACAAUACAACACACAAUUGCUGGAUAACCACAAUACAAAAGAAAUUGCUGAAUAUGCAAACCACAGACCAAAUCACAGUAGUUUGUGGUUAAUCACUACGAUGAUCUUAUGCGGUUCGGUUAUGGUUAACCACAAAAACCAACUUAUCAAAAUCAUAAAUUCAUCAAUAUAAUUAUUUUAUAAAUAAGUAAAAUUUAC